GCUGCGACGUGUUGCCGCCAGCCCAUGGGAUAUAUGGGUUGCUGGUGCUCAAAUCUCGGACGAAAAUACAGUGGAACUGUCUCCCCACAAAGAUCCGUCCAACCAGAAGCUCUCAGCUACGAAAUGGUAUAUUCAUGGCAACAAUCAUUCGACACACUGAUGAGCUUCAAGUCUGGCCAGAAAUGUUUUGCCGAAUUUUUAAAAAGUGAGUAUUCGGAUGAGAACAUCUUAUUUUGGCAAGCCUGUGAAGAGCUGAAACGGGAAAAGAAUUCUGAAAAAAUGGAAGAAAAAGCACGUAUCAUCUAUGAAGAUUUCAUCUCAAUAUUAUCACCAAAAGAAGUUUCACUGGAUUCAAAAGUUCGAGAAAUUGUCAACACUAACAUGUCCCGUCCAACACAGAAUACAUUCGAAGAUGCUCAACAUCAAAUCUAUCAGCUGAUGGCAAGAGACAGUUAUCCAAGAUUCCUUACCUCCAUUUUCUACAGGGAAACUCUAGCUUCUUUUGGAAUAACUGAAAUGGAUAUUGGAGGAGACGAAGAGAAGGAACGAGAGCAAAGAGCGGAACGUGCACGUUUGAAUGUUCCAGCUACAGCUGCAGAAGGAAGUUCAAAGGAUAUUAGUAUGGUAUAAAAAUCUUCCUGCAUCUACCCUCAAUUAUACAUUAAACGAUACUCCAAAGAAUCUCUAUCAGCAAAAUAGCAGAUUGGAAACAUGUAGUUAUAAAAAAGAUUUCUACCGCCGUAAUAGCAGUUCAAUAUUUUAUGCAAAAAUUUAUCCAAAUCGCCAGAACUUCUUCCUCCAACUCAUUCAAUUCAACUUGUGAUAAACUAACUUUGAUCUCCGAUGCUGCUUAUUGCAUUUGCCAAUCUUAGAUCUAUUUUGAUCAGUGUCAUUCAUUUUAUGAUUUGCAAUUUCAGAGACUUUUUCUCUUAUCCUACUAUAUUCUCAAUCAUCAUCUGAACCUUUGUGAUAUUACUUUCAAGACAUUCUAUUUUUUCUUCUUUAAUUCUCUGUUCAAAUCAACACCCACCACAUCCCUUUCACCCCCGUGACCAUUCUUUUGUGAAAUUGUCUUGAAAUCUAGAUGUCGGCUAGAGAAGGCAUCUGUUAUUUGUACUUUAUCUUCCAGCCACUCAACAUUUCUUCCGAUCAAACCUAUGUUUAAAUUGUUCCCCCCAUCAUUGUCUCUUCUCUCCUUUCACUCGAAUAUAUUGAACUUUUUUCUCGUAGAUUUAUUUCCGAGGGAUAUGUCGCUGUAUAAACUGGUUUUUUUAAAA